GCUGCCCGCCUGCCCGAGAGGGCUGCCCAGCCCUGCCCGGGGGUGAGAGAAGAGAGCGAGGGCGUCGAGGCGCGAAAGAAAAAGGGCAGAGGACUCAUGAGUGACGCGCGUUCCUGGUGCCAAUGGCGGGCGAGGAAGGCAAGCAGCGCCUAAAUCUCCUGUGCUGCGGCCUCUGGUGUGGAUUCAUGUGGUGGGAGGAGCGGCGUGUGACCUGAUCGUCAUAGGGAUCGCCUCUAUUCUCGCUACGGUACGUUCACUCCUAGAUUCACGGUCCUAGGGGAGGAAUUCUCGCAUUCAUCGGCCAGAUCGGGCAGGGCAGGGGCUUGCGUUGCUCUAGAUUAUGGAUUCUUUGGACACGGCGGGGACGACGACGACGACGACGCCUCCCCGCUCGCUCAAGAUCCGUGGCUCUCCAGGGGCUGUAGCACGCCGUAGACGCGCCGAGAUCAGGAGGUUCCGGGUGGUCGCCACCAAGACGAAUUUGGUGUUCCCAGAGCCUGUGCACAAGAGGCCUCGAUCAUCCUCUCCGAACGGCCGCUCCUCUUUGCCAUCCAAGAGGUCUUCUCCGGCGGCGGCCACGACCAACUUUACCAUCACGGUGUCUUGCCACCAGAGCAUGGACAAGCAUGGGCUUUCCAACGGGUGGCAAGGAAGCGGUGGCGAUGCUGGUGGUGGUGGUGACGAGCACAGCUUCUCCGGAUCGAUCAGCGCUCCUAGCUUUAGUUUUGGUAGUGAUAGCAGUAAUAGUAGUGGGACGGGAGUUUCCACGGUCACGACCGCUGGUGCCGGCGGAAGAACUUCAAACUCGACUCCAGAGAGUAGCGAGGAAGAGACGGUCGAUGGUUCUUCCAAGGAUUUGCCAGCGGCAAUGCAGCUCCUGGACGGGAUGGCUGUUUCGGGCACUGGUUGCAACAGGAGCACCCGCUGCAUCGCCAGCGAUACGUGUCCCCCGCAUGGAGCCGUAUUCAUAUGUGGCAGGCGCCGGGAGAUGGAGGAUGCCGUCGCGGUAGUGCCCUCCUUUAUGACGGUGCCGUGCGGUACUGUUGGAGGCUGCGAGUGUAAAGGUGCCACGCUGCCUUCCUCGGACGUUGGCAUGUCCACGUUACACUUCUUCGGAGUCUAUGACGGCCAUGGCGGGCCUCAGGUUGCUGGCUUCUGCAAGGAGCAAAUGCAUCGCGUCCUCGAGGAAGAGUUUAGUGGCGUUUUGCCAGGCAUGGGUGACAGAGAGCUGGAGGCACAUCUUCAGAGAGCAAUGGUGGCGAGCUUUCUGAAAGUGGAUGCGCAGGUGGGAGGCUUCCUCGAGGGCAAUUUGAGUCCGUCGGCUUCUCCAUUCAUAGCUCCCGAGACAGUCGGCUCGACUGCUGUGGUAGCCGUGCUGGGACCAAACCGGAUCAUCGUCGCCAACUGUGGUGACUCGAGGGCCGUCCUUUCGAGAGGGGGGCGAGCCAUUCCUCUCUCCGUGGACCACAAACCAGAUCGAGAGGACGAGCUGGCCCGAGUUGAGGCUGCCGGAGGGAGGGUGUUUUUUUGGAACGGUUAUAGAGUCUUAGGAGUUCUGGCAAUGUCGAGAGCAAUUGGUGAUAGAUACCUCAAGCCGUUUAUAAUCCCAGAGCCGGACGUUACUUGUACAGAGAGAAGUUCGGAGGACGAGUGCCUGAUAUUGGCCAGCGACGGCCUGUGGGACGUGCUCACCAACGAGGUGGCGUGUGACAUUGCACGGAAGUGUCUCGUUAGGCAUCGAGCUCGGCAGGGCGGCGAGAGUGCCGCAGACAUGGCUGCUGGAUUACUGACCAAGGUCGCGAUUGCCAAAGGCAGCACUGACAACAUCAGUGUGGUGGUGGUGGAUCUAAGCUCAUCCUUGCGAAGGUGACGGGAGAGACUUUGGUGUAUUUGAGAAAUUUUUUCUCUUUUCUUCCCUCUCUCUCUCGCUCGCUCUCUCCAUUCCUUUCUCAAAUUUCGUCCUCCCAGCUAUCUGUGUUCUUCUUGCCAUGCAAAAGAAAAAAAAUUGUUAUACACUAGAGGAAGUCUAUUGAAGUUUUUGAGGGAUAAGAAAAGGACUGCUCUAGAAUCAACAUGGCAAGAACACCAUUCUCCAACAUGGCAAGAACUAUGAGGGUUCAACAUGGCAUCGAUCGAUCGAUUCAGCAACUAGACUACGAUAGAUCGAUGCCGAAGCUUUUGUCGGGAUUUGAACUUGGGCUAAUAUCAAAGUGUCGGGAUUUCUGUU